UCUAGUCAACCAGCAACAAAAACAACAAAAUUAAAACUACGAAGCACAAUCGAUUUUUUUGAAGUAAUAUUUGCAGAAUACAAUACCUCGUUAUACAGUGGACUAUGUACACGACAAGUUUAACCAGCGACAUGUAUACGCAGUAUGGUAAUGGCUCCUUAUUUAACGUUGGUACUCCAACAGCAGGUUUGCCAAAUAGAAACGUUACUGACUUCACACAGGAUGCAGAGGGUUCAAAUUUAGCGUUUACGCUGCCGUGGGCAAUUGUCAUUUCGAUUGUCCUGUUUUUUGUAUGUGCAGCGACGAUUUUUGGGAAUUCGCUGGUGAUAGUCAGUUUUUUGAGAGACAGCAGUAUCCGACAGAAAUAUGAUAAUUGGUUUAUUUUUAAUCUGUCUAUAGCAGACUUUUUUGUGGGGUGUAUAUCGCUACCCCUCAACUCAAUAUGGGUCGUAGUCGGUUACUGGCCAUUCGGCAAGGGUGCGUGUCAGUUUUUCCUUUUUACAGACUAUAUCGUAUGCUAUAUGUCCGUUGUAGCCAUGACUUGCAUUACGUUGGACCGCUACUGGCUUGUUACCAUGCAAUUGAGAUACUUCAGGUUUCAGAGUUUGGGACGAGUUAGCAUCAUGAUAGGGACCAGUUGGGCGAUUGUGGCAACCUUUUUCUCUAUAACAGUAUUCAAAUGGACAAUAUGGGUAGACGAGGGCUGGGUUGAUUACAGCCAGGAGUGCGAAUUAGAGGCAAUAGAUAGUGUAGUUUUCAACACGAUUUCGUUUGUUAUAGAGUUCAUCAUCCCAUUCAGUAUUAUUGUCGGCUGUAACCUGGUCAUUUAUAUCAAUAUUCGCCGACGGUCAAGAGGUCAAGUCAGCAAUGCUCAAGUCAAAUAUACUUCAAAAAACGGCGUAAAACCGAGUAAUACUCGGUUACUGACGAAGCACAGACGUGCAGCAAAGAAUUUAACGAUUUUAGUUGCAGCAUUUCUUAUCUGCCAACUUCCUUUUUAUAUCGUUUCGAUCAUAUCAGCAAUAUGUGAUGAUUGUGUUGGAAAUACUAUUUGGGAGGUCGUGAAUUACAUACUAUGGUGCAACUCAACAAUUAAUCCAUUGAUCUAUGCAAUAACAAAACCGGUAUUCAAAUCAAAUUUCAAAGAGUUAUUAUGUUGUUGCUGUAGAAGUUAUAGCACGCAUGCAACUAGCGUUCAGUCUUCAAAUCACCAAGAAUAG